AUGACCAUCCCCGAGGAACAUCAGGCACUGCUGCCUCGUCAGCCCGAGUCUGUGGGAGGCUCACCCAAUGGCCCGCCUGCCUCUCGACGGCAGCGAGUUAAAAGCGCCCCUCACUCGCCCAACACGAGGGAGAGUAUCAAAACACUUGUUGGUGUUGCCGCCGUCCUGGCGAUUUGCGUUGCUCUUUUCGGGGGGGUAUUCUUGAGCGGCAGCAGAUCUCAGCGUCCCAAAAUCCCUGAAAUUUUCGACAACGAUCCAGUUAAAGAAUCGAACAUGGGUGGCCAACGUGACCUUGAGUGGAGGCCCAAAGUGUCUUGCAGAAACACCCCUCACAGAUUUGACAAGUCAAUUGCACCGUUUCAGUACGGCAGCGGCUUCUCUUUAAAUAUUGCGCAGAGGCCGGAAAGGAACGAAUUCAAGAGAGGCCGUCAGCCUCAUGUUUCUGGAGGGCUCCUGCUCCGUCCAUCCAAAGAGGCAGGAGGCAGUGUCGAGAUCGAGGUCAUUUCCAAUGACGAGAGGCUGAGAACCAGCACUGAAAUACAUGUCCGCCAAGGCCUUCAGUCCAUCGACAUCAUCUCUCCCCGGGUUCUGGACUGGUGGGACCCCUCAGGUCCUGCACCUUGCAUCCAAGUGCGUGUCACGGUCUAUGUACCUCAUAAUGCCUACCUCGAUAGCCUCCACCUCGAUCUCGUCCAUCUCGACGUUGACAUUGUUGAGGGCCUCGUCAUGGGCGUGGUGGACGGCCCCUCCAUCAAAACUGUUGUUGGCGACGUCAACACUCCCCGAGCCAGCAAUGUCGACGACGGCAUUGCGCCGUACUCAAUGCAAUCGCGCCGAAUCAAUGUUGAAACUGUCAGUGGCAACAUCAAGGGAUGGUUCCCUCUGUACGAUCUUCUCCAGAUCAAGUCUGGCUCCGGCGACGUCGAAGCCCAAGUUGCCCCCAAGGCUGCUGACAGGAAAUCCGUCAACGAGGCCAAGCUCAAGGUUGAAUCCAUCUCUGGGCAGGUCAGACUCGAGGAGCCGUUAGCAUCUACCGUCAGGAGCGGCAAGCUCGGGAGGAAGAUGCCGCCCCGCGAUUACCAGGUCGAGAUUGGCACGGCAUCCGGAGACAUCACCGCUGACAUUGCCAUGACAUCUUCCGCCAAGAUUGGGUCUGUUUCCGGCGACCUGACUGUCAAUGUUGUUCCCCUGCUCGCCAAGAGCUCCGACAGGGCGAGCUUCAGCACCGACACCAAGAGCGGAUUGACCACUGUCAACAUUUACGAGGCUGUGGCAAUCGAGAUGCCCGCCGACGCCCAGUCCCACGCAAAAGACUCUGAAAACCGCAAAACCGGCAGCCUUGCCAUGUUCAACUUUGGUUCCAAGCAUUCUUCCGUUAGCGGCGAUGUCAAGCUCUUCUACCCCGCCACUUGGGUGGGCAGAUUCCGCGCCGAGAGCAUAUCUGGCGAUAUUUCUGUGGCGGGAAAAGAUGUCAGGAUUACUCGACGAAGCCGUGGUUUUGGCAAAUUCGUAGAGGGCGAAAAGGGCGACGGAGCAUCCUUUAUCAAGAUGGGUACCGUGUCUGGUGAUGUGCAGCUGCAGGUUGGCAAGGCGUAG